AUGUCGCAGCUGCAGCAGAGACCCGUGUUCCAUCGACAAGAGCUCAAUAAAACAGUGUGGGAAGUCCCGCAGAGGUACCAGAACCUGUCCCCCGUGGGUUCCGGCGCCUACGGAUCCGUGUGUUCUGCGUUCGAUGUGAAGACAGGGCUGAAGGUGGCGGUGAAGAAGCUGUCCAGACCAUUCCAGUCCAUCAUCCACGCCAAGAGGACCUACAGAGAGCUGCGGCUGCUCAAGCACAUGAAGCAUGAGAACGUCAUUGGCCUUUUAGACACUUUCUCUCCGUCGACGUCUUUGGAGGAGUUCAAUGAUGUAUACCUGGUGACUCACCUGAUGGGGGCCGACCUCAACAACAUCGUCAAGUGUCAGAAGUUGACAGACGAUCACGUCCAGUUCCUCAUCUACCAGAUCCUCAGGGGCCUCAAGUACAUCCACUCAGCAGACAUCAUCCACAGAGACCUGAAGCCCAGUAAUUUAGCUGUGAAUGAGGACUGUGAGCUGAAGAUCUUGGACUUUGGCUUGGCGCGGCACACAGACGACGAGAUGACUGGUUACGUGGCGACCCGCUGGUACCGCGCGCCGGAGAUCAUGCUGAACUGGAUGCACUACAACAUGACAGUGGAUAUCUGGUCUGUGGGCUGCAUCAUGGCCGAGCUGCUCACCGGACGGACACUGUUCCCAGGCACUGACCACAUAAACCAGCUUCAGCAGAUCAUGCGAUUGACCGGAACGCCGCCGGCUUCGCUCAUCAGCCGCAUGCCGAGCCACGAGGCGAGGAACUACAUAAACUCGCUCGCCCACAUGCCCAAGAGGAACUUUGCCGAUGUUUUCAUUGGAGCCAAUCCUCUGGCCGUGGACCUGCUAGAGAAGAUGCUGGUGCUGGACACAGACAAACGCAUCACUGCUCCUGAAGCGUUGGCUCAUCCAUACUUCGCCCAGUACCACGACCCGGACGACGAGCCCGAAGCCGAGCCGUACGACCAGAGCUUCGAGAGCCGCGAGUUGGAGAUUGACGAGUGGAAGAGACUAACAUACGAAGAGGUCAUGAGCUUCGAGCCUCCGCAGUUCGAUUCAGACGAGAUGGAGUCCUGA